AUGUCUGGUCGCGGUAAAGGAGGAAAAGGUCUUGGAAAAGGAGGCGCCAAGCGUCAUCGUAAGAUCCUUCGGGACAACAUCCAGGGUAUCACCAAGCCCGCCAUCCGUCGUCUUGCUCGUCGUGGUGGAGUCAAGAGAAUCUCUGGUCUGAUCUACGAAGAGACCCGUGGAGUCCUCAAGGUUUUCCUUGAAAAUGUCAUCCGUGAUGCUGUCACCUACACCGAGCACGCCAAGAGAAAGACCGUCACAGCCAUGGACGUGGUCUACGCUUUGAAACGCCAAGGACGUACCCUGUACGGAUUUGGUGGUUAGAUGAGUUUCUCAUCUCAUUCACAAACAACGGCUCUUUUAGGAGCCACCACAUAUUAAUAAAGUCUAUGCCUCUAUUAUGCUUAAAUGAAUAUGGUAUGAUUACCAGAAAUGAUAUCUUCAAUACCAUGUAUUCGAUGCGAAAGCACCAGUUCUCGACAAGACGCGAUUACCAAAAAAAAAUCCCCUUAAUAAUAAAUGAUACUCACAUUGAGCUGUUCAUAUCCAUAUUUAUAUCUUAUUUACUACAUCUCUUGAUUAAAACAUUGCAUUCAAACUUAGUAUUUCCAUGCGACUUGAAGUUGUGAAAGGCUUGCAUGACACUCUUCUUCAGUCGUUUCAUCUAAGGCUCGUAAUUUACCUAUUUACGCAUGUUCUUAUUUCUAUGUGUGGUCGAUGAGCUUUACGUCGAGAAAGUCACUUUCCUCUCGAAAGAGAUACAUUCCACACUUUGUAGAUACCCUAAAACGACCUCUAGGCUUUCUCUUACACCGAAAAUUAUUUCGCGAUAGUUUUUUCACCGUUAACAGGCUUAAUAAAGAAUAUCACUUAGA